AUGUCCUUAAAAAAUUUUUUUGAUGAAGACUUGUAUUUAGAUGAACUACAUAUAUCACUAGGCGAAGGAUCGAAUUUAAUUUCAAAUAAAGAAUUAUUCUUAUCUGAUGAUGAAAGAAGAUCUUUAUCGCUAGAUGAAGGGCUUCAUUUACUAUUAGAUAGUGAAUCUUUUCCAACUAAUGAACUUUCAUUAGAAAAUGAAUAUUUUUUAAAUAAUGCACCUUCUUUAAAUGAAGAAUUGCCUAAUAUUUUACAUAUGUCUAAGCUGAGGAAAAGUUGGGUAUGGAAACACAUGAAAAAAGACAAACUUAACAAAAAAGUUAUAUGCCAAGUAUGGGUUGGUGAUAAUGAUAAAAAGCAACAAUGCCCAAGUACUUUUGAACUCUCAACCAAUUCAUCUCAAUCUACUCUGCCAGAAUUAUUUAGUCGUAGAAUGCCAUUGCCAGAAAAAAAACAAAACAGAAUUACCUCCCGAAUCUUAGCUUGGAUAAUUGAUGAUAUGCAACCCUUCAAUGUUUUAAAAAAUGACCAAUUUCAUGAUCUUUUAUAUGAAGCAGAGCCACAAUAUCAAUUUCCGGGUAGAGAUAUGUUUAAACAAAAAAUAGAGUUAGCUAAAUGGGGUUUAAGUGACAAAUGUGUAGCUGGUGUAACUGUUAAUGCCAGUUCAAUGGUAAAAGCAUUAAAAAAUAUUGAGAUUUUACAUGUAAAAUGUACAGCUCAUACCAUCCAACUCGGUAUUACAGAUGAAAAAAAUCCAUUACUUAACGAUAAAAAUAUUUCUGCUCUUGAUCCAAUAUCCAACGAUACCGCGACCAGAUGGAACUCAACUCAUUCAUUGUUAGAACGUCUACUUUAUCUUUACAAAGCUAUAAAAAAACUACAAAAAGAUCUUGCAAAAGAUAAAGAUAGAAAUAUUAGAAAAAAUGCUAAAGCAUUAGAAGAGUUGCUCUUUGAAGAAGAAGAUUUAUUAGGAAUUCAAGAGUUGGUUAAGUUGCUAGGUCCCUUUGCACAUGUUACAACCAUAAUGGGUGGUGAUCAAUAUCCUACCUUUUCAAUGAUGUUACCAUUAAUUAAAAUAUUACAAGAUCAUCUAUUUGAAAAUGAAGCGAUACUUAAACAUCUAAUUGUUCGUGAUGUAUAUGAUGAGAUAGAGCUUUCAUUUGGAAACCAUUGGGAUGAGCCUGGAGUUGAAGGUUAUAUCGCUACUAUUCUCAACCCAAGAUUUAAGGACCUAAGCUUUGAGCCAGAAAAACUAGAACCAAUGAAAAAUGAAUUAAAAUGCAGAAUGGAAGCUGCAAGAAAUAUAAACUCAACAAUAUCUUCAAUUGAAAAUAGAUCAUCAUCUUCUUUAUUAAAUUCAUUAUUUGAAAAAAGUUUUCAAGAAGUUUGCCCUAUUAAAAACGAACUAAAGGUAUAUUUAGACAUGCCCCAGAUGAUAAAAUACGACCCUUCUGAUCCUCUUUAUAAAAAACAUAACCCCUUAGUCUUUUGGCGAGAUAAUAAAUUAAUACUUCCCUUAAUGGCACAACAAGCAUGA